AUGGCCAGUCAACAGACACCCAGCCAAUCCGACGAGUAUCGAGCGUUAUACAAAACAUAUCUGCAACACUGCAACGCUCACGACUUUGAAGCGAUGAGAUCAUUCUACGCGUCCCCCCUCAUCGUCAACGACAAGCCAAUCACCCCGGAAGAAGCAACAUCUUCCUUCCAGCCUAUGAUCGACGCAUUUCCCGACUGGCACUGGAACAUGCGAAACCUCACCAUCGAAGGCGACUACCUCUCGCUUCUCUUCAAAGUCACGGGCACUCACAAGGGUGACUUUCGAGGCUACAAAGCCACCGGCCGCAGAAUUGAGACGAGCCAGUUCACGCUGUACCAUGUGGUCGACGGGAAAUUCGCCCAGGUUUGGGACCUGGUUGAUUUCGAGACCUUGAUUUCGCAGAUCAAAUAG